AUCGAUGAUGUGUGAGAUUUGGGCAAGGCUUUUGGUGAUAAGGAAUGAAGAAUAGGAGCGUCUAUCUAGCAGAUUAUGGGGAGGGUUAAGCUUGAGAUUAAAAAGAUUGAGAAUGCUACAAACAGGCAGGUGACUUAUUCCAAAAGGCGCACUGGCCUUGUCAAGAAGGCUUAUGAACUAUCAACAUUAUGUGAUAUUGAUAUUGCACUCAUUAUGUUCUCCCCCUCUGGAAAACUCACACAAUAUGCCACAGAUAUGAGGGUGGAGGAUGUAAUUCUUCGAUAUGCUAAUGUAUCUGAAGCUGAGAGGAGCAAAAGAAAAAUGGAGAAUUGGGAGCAGCUUAGCAGAGCAAUCAAGAAACUCAAGUCAGAGACUGAUGGUUCUCAAAUUUCCAGAAAUACUAUUGACUUUAAUAAUUUGGGAAUGAUUCAAGAGGAGAUUGCAAGGCUGCAGCUUGAAAAUGAACAACUAAUUGAACGAUUCAAGUUUUAUCAGGGUGAUACUCAAAUUCUAGAACAUUUAAGUUAUGAGGAUUUAGCUAAACUUGAAGAAGAAUUAGCUACUACACUUCAUCAUAUACGAAUUCGAAAGCAUAAUAUGGACGUGGAGUUUUGUAUGAGGCAAAAACAGACUGAACAUUUCCUCCCUCAGCAAGUUUACCACCUUCCACUUCAUGCAUCAGGAAUAAAUUCGUUUCCAUCCCAUUGGUCAGAUAGAGACCCUCAAAUUAUCAAAUUCUUGACUGAAGAAACAUCAGUGGAAGGAUCAUCAACAGAUACAUUAUAUUUUGAACAACAGAACAACAUACCCUAUCAAACUACCCAGCUCAACUUAUUUGGAACUCAUGGUUUGAGUUUUGACAAUGCCAAUGGACGUGGACAUUGUUACAUAGGUGACAAUAAGAAUCCUAUUAUCUACAUAAGUCACAAUCCAAAUACAAAUUUGGAGCACUCCAUGGAGCAGCCUCAUGGAGAUGAGCAACACCAGCGAGAGAUAAGCUUGAAUUGGAACUUGGCCUCGCAUCCUAACAAUCAAAUGCCUGAUUUAUAUUCAUCCUCCCAGGGGAUGAAUGACGCUGAGGAUGAGAGUACAGAGUCUCGUCUGGGAGAAGACGAUGAGCCUGAGGACAAAGACGAUUUGGACAAUGUGUUUCAUAGCGAUGAAUCUUGACUGAAAGAAGGGGAAAGAAAUUCAGCAAGUUUGUGAUAAAUUGAAGUUCUUAUUUCUUGUUCGA